CUUCCAGUCUGGCAACCACUUAUGCAACGCCAAAAGGAACCUUGCCGAAAUUUCUUGAACUCUGGCAUAAAGUGAGCUGCAAGAAUGGCAAAAGGAACCGUACUGUGGAGACGAACAGAGAACCCUGACGAGGAUAUUUGGGAUGACAGCGACUUGAUCGCAGCUUACGAUCAGGCGUACGAAAAAGUAAAGAAAGAAAUUGACAGGAGGAACCGUACUUCGUCGGAGAACUCGUCAGCGGGGCAAGAACCGUCGACUGGAUGGAAACAGGGUGAUUACUGCAUUGCAGUCUACUCGGGAGACAAACUGCCAUAUGAGGCAAAGAUCAAGUGCAUCAGAAAAAAGCACUGCAUCGUUCACUACAUUGGGUAUGGCAACGAGGAGCGUGUACUCUUGUCAGACCUCUACCCAUCGGAGGGCAAGAAGGCACGACAAGCCCAGCAAGCUCGAGCAGGCAGUAAUGUCCACACAACCGAUGCGACUUCUGGUUCAUAUCAGCGUUGCACAGGCAUUCCUGAUCUUCCCAGUGAGCCUCCUUGGGGUGCUGCCAACUUAGGAGUGCCAUUUUCAAGCUCAUCCCGGGGCACGCCUCCUCUACCAGCUCACCCGCCAUUGAUCUUGGACAAUAGUGCUGAAAGUGAGGCACUUUCCUCAAUGCUCAUGGCCUGGUACAUGAGUGGCUACCAUACUGGUUACUAUCAGGCGCUGCAACAAUCUAGGCAGACACGGAAGUGAUGCGAUCCCAAGUGUAAAACACCAUUUCUAGCAUUUUGGCCAUGAUUUAUUUAUUUUUACAAUCGUGACAAUCACCAAUCUGUUGUACUAAUAAAAUGCUAGAAAUGUA